CCUGUCAACACUGCUGUCACUGUCCUGUGGUUCCCUGCAGAAGGGGGAUUCUGAGGACUGAGUCACAGCCCUAUGUCCAGCCCUGCUUCAACGACUGUGCCCUGGAGAGCUGGUCCCUCAGCUCAUAGAUGUUCUGAGAUGCUGCCCAGAAGUCUCAGGCUCUAGCUCUCAGGCAUGAGCUCUGUAUUUUCUGCUCUGUCCUGCCAUGUCCUGCCCCUUGUAUCUCGUUCAGGGCCUGGGUCUCUCAUACCCACUCUGAAGGAUUCCUGUCUUUCUCCUUGCCCCUGUUGUCCUGUGUUCAGAGUAUCAGAGCAUAGAGCUCUGACUUCCAUCUGCUCCACCUCUCACUGCCCUGUGGCCAUAGACAAGUCAUUUCCCCUCUCUGAGCCCAGUGUCCUGAACUGUGAACUGGCGCUAACAUUCCCCACCUUCCAGGGUAAACGUCAAGCACCAUAAAAACUAGCACCUUCAAAGCAUCAAGUUUGUACACCUACUUUGCGUUUAACUUUGUUAAUUAUACCUCAAUAAAGCUAAAAAAAUUUUUCUUCAUCAGCAUCAAAACAAGGAAAGGAGUCACAAACAAGCCUUAAAUACCGGUAGCCAUGGAAAAAACAGCCAAUUCUGGGGUCAGCUGGAGUGGCCCAGCAAAGCACAUGGAGGCAUGUUCAUCAUUGUUGAGGCCCAGAAGAGAAGAUCAUCAUGACAGAAAGGUCUGCAGCUGUUUUCAUCCAGGCCUGGUGGCGGGGCACGCUGGUGCGACGCACACUGCUGCAUGCAGCCCUCAGGGCUUGGAUUAUUCAGUGCUGGUGGAGGCAGGUGCUGGAGAAGCUGCUGGCGAAGAGGCGGAGGAUGGUGUUGGAGUUCUAUGUGCAGCAGGAAUGGGCAGCAGUCAGGCUGCAGUCCUGGGUCCGCAUGUGGUGUGUCCGCCAGCGUUACUGUCGUUUGCUCAACGCUGUCCGCAUCAUCCAGGUCUAUUGGCGCUGGCACACCUGCCAUUCCCGUGGCUUUAUUGAGGGCCACUAUGAACUCAAAGAAAACCAACUUGAUAUUCAACUUGAAAUCUCUUUGGGCUCACAGGCUUGUAAGGUGCAACAAUGCAUACCCCUUCCAUUAAAAGAAUGACCAGGUCUGCUA